AAAAAUUCACUAGCUUAAGACCAAUACAACAUUCACAAACCUUCUUUUCUAGGAUAGGAUUUUCCCUUCAAAUAAGCAUCUACCAUGCCUGUCUAACUUCACUAUUGUCAAACUCCUCUCUUUGAAACUUAAAGGAUUUGUUGCAGUGGCCCUAGAAAAUGGAGAACAUGGUUAAGCAAAUGAGGGUGAGAUUUUCUGGUACUGAACAGGAUAGCCAACAAGACCCGAACAGUACAAGAGAACGAAGAAUACCACCACAGAAAACUAGUUCCUUCAAAGGAGACGAGAAGAAACAACAAAACUGGUUCCAAAAGCAAUUCUCUCGCCAAUCGAGUCGAGAUUAUGAUCCUAGUGAUGGUGGUGAGUAUGCGACUGCUAUUGCUGCUGCUGCAUUUGCCAUCAACUCACUCGAAGAAGCAGAGUUAGUGGAUAAGAAAAAGAUCAGAGAAGGUUCAGAAAAAUUUCCCACCAAGACCAAUAGCAAAAAGGAAGAAAGUUCAAAAAAAUUUCCCACUAAGACAAAUAGCAAAAAGGAAGAAGGUGUAGCCCUGCAGCAAGACACUGGUAAAAUAUCCAGACAAUUUACAAGUAAGCAAUCAAAAGAAGACCAACAAUCUCCAGGUAAUGUUUUUCCCAGGAUUAAGCUUAUAUCAGUAUUUAUAUUAAACAAUAUAACAAGGUGUUCUGCACCAGAGAACGGUUCUGUGGAAAAAUCACAAUGGGUGGACCAGAGGAUACCAGAGACUGCCGUCACCAGUGAAAAGAAACCAGAAAAAGCUCCCACUAGAGUUCCAACUACUAAGAGGACACCAACAACAGCCGAAGAAGUGGAUAGACAGCCGAGGAUAAUUCCUCCACCCCCAGCAAAACAAACACUCCCAACAGCUGGAGAUGACAAGCGGAAGGGAAGCCCAACAAGAACCGGUCCACCAUCCAAAGCAGAUGCUUGGAUGGAAGCUGAGAUGGCCAAGAUUCAAACACGGUAUGAGAAGAUGAAUUCCACAAUUCUAUCUUGGGAGGAUGAGAAGAAGAAGAAAGCUAGCCGCCAACUGACCAUGAAAGAGACCAAAUUGGAACAGAGAAGGGCAAGAGCCUUGCAACAGUUCCGCAAUGAGAUGACAAGGAUUGAUCAGAUAGUUGGAGGAGCAAGAGCACAGGUUGAGGAAAAGAGAAGAAAUGAUGAGUUCAAAGCAAAAGAGAAGGCAAAUAAAAUCAGAGCAACAGGAAAGGUCCCCGCCACGUGUUUCUGUUGCUGAAGCACUAAUAAUGACGAUGGACUAGGCUGCUUCAGAAA